AUGGUAUACUUAGAUGACAUAAUUGUAUACUCAGCUAGUUUACAAGAACAUAUAGUAAAACUUAAGAAAAUUUUUGAACGUUUACGUGAGACUAAUUUAAAGGUUACACUAGACAAAAGCGAAUUUCUCCGAAAAGAGGUUCUAUACUUAGGACACACCAUAUCUAAAGAAGGCCUUAUGCCAAACAAUGAUAAAAUUAAAGCAGUUUUAGAAUUCCCGAUUCCACGUACAUCAACUGAAAUAAAGAGUUUCUUAGGCCUCGUUGGUUACUAUCGAAAAUUCAUUAGAGAUUUCUCUAAAAUAACACAGCCAUUGACAUCUUGUUUAAAAAAAAAGAAUAAAAUUGACAUCACCAAGCCCGAAUACAUAGAAGCCUUUGAAAAGUGCAAGGAACUUUUAGUUAACGCGCCUAUUUUACAAUUUCCGGAUUUCAGUAAACCAUUUGUCCUUACAACAGACGCAUCCAAUGUCGCAUUAGGUGCAGUACUUUCCCAAGGUCAAAUUGGUAGCGACAAACCCAUCGCUUUCGCAAGUCGUACGCUGAACGAAGCAGAGACACGCUAUAGCACAAUAGAAAGAGAGUUGUUGGCCAUCGUCUGGGCGACAAAAUAUUUCCGGCCUUAUUUAUAUGGACGUAAAUUCACGAUAUACACCGAUCACAGGCCGUUAACCUGGCUUAACUCAAUAAAGGAACCGAAUACCAAAUUAACACGUUGGAAAUUACGUUUAGCCGAAUUUGACUAUGAUAUUGUAUUUAAAAAUGGGAAGCAAAAUUCAAACGCAGACGCAUUAUCCAGAAUUAGGAUCAACGCUUUGGGCAAUGAUGAUAUCUCGCUAAAGGUAAACGUGGACAUAAAUGAACGAAAUCUUCAAGGUCACAUUGACAAUCUAACAGAAGAGAUAACCCGCUUAGCUAGAAACCAACAUCAAGAAAACCCUCCAACACCUAUGGAAGUAUCUCCAGCUUCUGAACGAACACUCAGUGUGGAAUCAUUAGGGUCUAGCACCAUUACUGCAUCUGAAAUAAUGAGCACAAUCCAUUCCGCGGAGGAUAUAGAUACAGAUGGUAUAUGUAUUCUGCAAGAAGCUAUAGACACAAAGCCAAAUCAAGUACUUGUAUUCCCCUGGAAUAGGAAAGAAAUAUUAGUUAAAAAUUUAUCUAGGCCGAAACAAAAAAUAUUAGAGGUACACUUACCUGUGAAUAAUAUAGACUUAAUUAAAAACUUUUUAAAAGAAUACACAAAACCUAAUAUAAAAUAUUUCUUUUACUUUGAAGAUGGACAGCACCGUAAGGAAUUUGCGGCGGUUACAAUAUCACUUUUUAAAAAAGGCACUGUUAAAUUUUAUGAAUGCACAAAACGAGUCAUUUACGUAGAUAAUGAAGAGGAACAGCGAGAUAUAAUUAUCAAAUAUCAUGAUGGGAAAAAUAGUCACCGUGGUAUUAAAGAGACUUUAAUUCAUUUAAAAGAACCUGUUUCUGGAACAACAUGGAACAAACUGUUGCGAGUGUAG